AUGUCGCCCGUCUCCGUAGACGGAAGUGACUGGUCAGGGCUUAAUCAGUACCAGAAGUCGGAUGCGCCUUUUUCGCCAACCUUCUCGACUCGCAGCAAUUUGGCGACGCCUCCUACCUCUGGGAUACCGGCGCCUCCCAACAGUGCCGGCCUGCCAAAUGGCUCAUCGCAAUUGAGCGAUUCGGGCAACCCAUCUCCGCCCAACUCCAUUGCUGCGAGAUCUAGCGAUGGCACAUUGGGCGAUCAGCGUAGCAGGCGACAGCGACAGGUGGAGGAGAUCCUGGCGCAGCAUUAUUCCGCAUUAAGAAGGUUUCUAUAUACGAGUUAUCGGGACGAGCGGUCGAACAGAAAGUCAAGCAAAGCGCAGGACAAACUGCUACGGCUCUCGCCAACACAGUUUCAUGAACUCAGCACUGAUGUUUAUGACGAGCUACUCCGGCGGCAGCAGGCUAUGCCGUCUCCUAAUCGACCACCUCGCCCCGAAGUUCCACCUUUUCUCCCGCCGCGAAGCGAUUUCCACGAAAAGCGCAAUCAAGCGCGCCAGAAGCUUGCCUCGCUGCAGCAUCAACGCUUUAGGGAUCUCGCUUCCGAUGUCUUUAAUGAACUAGAACGGCGUUUUCCCCAAUUCCCUACGAGGGAAUCUCGCCGAGCUAGUCCUGCGCCCAGCCUUCGGGGCCGCCCUCCGCCCAAUGGGGUUGGCCCUGGAGGUUACCCUCCACCGCCGAAUAGUCGACGUUCCCAAUCGCGAGGGCCGCCUCGAAUGGGAAGGGGCUAUCCUUCUGGUGGGCCUCCUGGAAGUCCGAUGUAUCCUCCUCGGAAAAUGUCUCUCAGCGGAGCGGGUAUGAAUGGUGAGGGACCAAUGGCCAAAUCCUUCCAGAGCAAUACUAUUGUUCCCAACAAGAGCACCAUGGUGGAAGAUGAUGAUGAUGCGGCUGGCACAGAAGACGAUUACGACUCGAGAAGUGACGCCUUUGCUCUGGAUUCAUUUAUACGGAGUAGGCGCGGGACUGGAACAACAAUUGGUGAUGGAGAAAGAAAGCUGCUGGCAGAAACGCAAUCACAAGUGUCAACGCUGCAGGAGAAGGUCAGCAAGCUGGAAGAGUUACUCAAAACAAAGGACGAAGAAAUCGACAAGUAUCAGCAUGACCGGCAGGAAGUGGGCAAGUUGGAGGAGUUGCUCAGAGCAAAAGAGGAGGAACUCGCAAAAUACCAGGAAGAUCAGGAUAAGUCACAGAUAAGCAAUGCCGAGCGACAAGAGUGGGAUGAAAUCAAAUCCGAGCUUGAGAAUAAAAUACACAAAGCAGAAGACCUAAACAAUUCUUUGCAGCUUGAGCUUGAGAAGGUUCGGGCAGAACAUGAGGUCAUGGAAAGGGAUCUUCAAGCCCAGCUUUCAGGGACAUCGAGGCACGAAGGCGAGGACGCCGAGCUGCAGGCUCAAUUUGCUGACCUCGAGAUCAGACACCAGAAGUUGCAAGCUGAGCUACAGGAGCAACGCCAGGUGACAGAAGAAGUUCGACGGGAGGCUGCUGGCUUUUUGAUGGAGAUGAGAGAGCUGUCGGAACAGAGCCACUCAAGGUUGGAGCAUGAAGAGCGAUUAUCAGAAGAGGUCCACAGAUUGGAAGACGAAUUGGUUACCUGGAAGGGCCGAUAUGCCAAAGCCAAGGCACAACUGCGGCACCUUCGUGCAUCCUCUGCUGGCAUCCCAGAACUACGUUCCGAUGUUAAUACCGUCGCGAAAGACAACGAAUUCCUGCACGAUGAUGGCCUCAUCAAAGACGUCCAUGUCACGAAGUUCCAACUUUCCAUUGACGAGCUCCUUCGCGUCGCAAGAUCCGACGAUCAUCGCCAUGUUAUGCAGCAGAUCAAUGCCGUUGUGAUCUCUGUUCGCCAUCUCUUACAAGAUGUCCAACUUUCCAAAUCCUCUGAUUCAGCUGAACGUGCUAAAGCUACACGCAAAGUCUCUGCAACUGCGAAUAAUCUAAUCACAGCCUCCAAAAAUUUUGCCAGUUCGAAUGGUCUAUCUCCCAUCUCUCUCCUGGAUGCUGCAGCUUCACACAUGUCUACUGCUGUUAUCGAGCUGAUUCGUAUGGUGAAGAUUCGGCCGACUCCGGCUGACGAAUUGAAUGACGAUGACGAGGAGCAGUUCAUGCAGAUGAAAUCACCCGACUACUUCAGUGUGGCUCCUAGCCAGAGCAGGUUGAGCAAUGGAUCUAUCUAUAGUGCCAUGAGCCCCCCUCCUGAGUCAGAGCAUGUCCCCAACGGCUUGAAAAAUGGUUAUUCCGUGGAACAAGAAAACCACGAACUUCAGGAGCUCAGGUUUUACGUGGAGGAUCAAGCCGACGGGCUAGUCCAGUCAAUUCAAUCUCUGGUUGCAAGCAUCCGUGGAGAGGAGAGCAUGACCACAAUUCGCACCCAUGUCUCGGCUAUCGCUUCAAUAGUCACGAAUGUGUCCUCAUCUACAGAACACCUUAUCAGCAGGCCGGAGACAGCUCCGGCUCUUCGGCAACGUGCCGGCGCUAGCAUUGAAACUCUUGAAUACCAAAGGAGCCGUCUUGUCAGUGCUGCUGCUGAGGGCGAGGGUGCAACUGAUGCUGGACAGCUUUGCGUUUUCACGAACCAGCUACCACCUAUUGCCUUUGAAAUUGCGCGCGAGACCAAGGAUCUGGUUCAGCGGCUGGACUCGACUGAUCAUGGCGACGCCGAGGACGAUGACUUCCGAUAG